CUAAUUAUGGCAUAUGUGUGUACUAAAUUUUCAUGCGCGAGUGCGUUCAAAAAUGACGGGUGUUCUCCUGUGGAAAAAAAUACGUGUGAUAGUCGUACCAGAAAAAAGAAAAACCAAAACCAAACCAAACAGUGGCUAUAGUCAAAACAGAUCAAAAAUUCGUUACGACGGUAUUUGCCCCCAACCUACCUUCAAGUCCACUAGUACCACCAGACUUAUUACCUGUCUAUCUGUUCUGAGCCGUGAGCUAUAGAACUAACACCAUUUUGCAGCUAGAUCAGUCGCUAGCCCCACCUUCGCUAUCCCCUUAGCGACAACCGUUCAGUGCCCUCAUACCUAAAAGGGUACCUUAUUUCCUCUUCAAAGCAUACCCACACCAUGAGAACGUCUAGCUGGAUGUACCCAGCCGUCCUCUUGGCUCAGCUCCUCUCAGUCCAUGCCAGACUGUUGAGUGCCUCGUCGCUUGUCACAUGUAUGGAAAACUCCCAGCUCAGUCCGUCGUUCUUUAACGUGCUGUUCGUACCGGAAAACAAGGCUUUAUACUAUAAUCUUGUGGUCGACGCCGAAAUCAGCGGGUACAUUCUUGCGUAUGCCGAAGUUUACGCCUAUGGGUUCAAGAUCAUCGAAAAGGAGAUCAACGUGUGUAACUUGGGCUGGAAGCAGUUCUGUCCGAUCUAUCCCGGGAAAAUCGCUAUCGACUCUGUUGCAUACAUCUCCGAUGAAUACACCAGUCAAAUUCCGGGUAUCGCCUACACCGUGCCUGAUAUCGAUGCGAUUGCUAAAAUCCGUAUUACCAACUCCACGGGGCAGCAAAUUGCAUGCCUUCAGGCCACCUUCACGAACGGUAAGACAGUUUCGCACGUCGGUGUGCAGUGGGUCACCGCGGUGAUUGCUGGCCUUGGUCUUCUUGCGUCGGCUCUUUUGUCCACCUUUGGGAAUUCCAACGCCGCCUCCCACAUCUCUGCCAACGCUGUCUCCUUGUUCUUGUACUUCCAGAACGUGGUGAUUGUUUCGAUGAUGCAUGUGGAAGUGCUUCCACCGAUUGCUUCCGCCUGGAGUGAAAACCUCGCCUGGUCCAUGGGUUUGAUCAGAACCGAAUUCAUGCAGAAGAUUUUCCGCUGGUACAUCCAGGCGACAGGCGGUACCCCGGAUCUCUUCAUGACCUCUCAAACCAAGUCGGUGUUGGUACAGAGAGGGUUGGACAGGAUAGACUUGUAUGAAGCCUACACUUCCCCGGGCUCUUUGUUCAAACGUGCCGCAUACCAGCUCCAGUCGAACGUGUACCUUGUGAUCUACAGAGGGAUCCAAAGAUUAGGGUACAAGGCCGGUAUUGAGUCGUCUUCAAUCUGUGUGACGGGCUUCACCUGGUUUAUCCUCUUUGCCUGGGUCAUUGCCGGUGUGUUCUUUAUCUUCCGUUAUUCCUUGGAGUUAGGUUUCAGGUUUGGCUGGUUCAAGCGUAGCCAGGCCACCAACUUCCGUCUUAACUGGUUACUUAUCCUCAAGGGGUCGUUGCAGAGAUACAUCUACAUCGGGUUCACACAGUUGGUCAUUCUCUCGCUCUGGCAAUUCUUCCAGCGAGACUCGCCUGCAGUGGUCUUUUUGGCCUGUGUAUUCUUGGUCUUUGUGGUCAGCAUUCUCGGCUGGGCCUGCUUCAGAACGUUAAAGUUUGGUAGAGAGUCCAUUCAGAAAUACAACAACCCUGCCGCCAAGUUGUACGGUGACCAAAGAAUUUUGGACAAGUACGGGUUCUUUUAUACCAUGUUCAACGCCCAAAAGUACUGGUUCGGAGCCGUCAUUUUGGGUUACAGUCUUGCCAAGUCCAUGUUUAUCGGUCUCGCGCAAGAUUCCGGUAAGACCCAAGCGCUUGCCGUCUUUAUUCUCGACUUGGCUUUCCUUAUUGUGUUGUUAAGAACAGCUCCGUAUUUGAACAGAUGGACCAACUGUGUGAAUUACGCCAUGGCUGCUGUGAAUCUCUUCAACUCCCUCCUCUUUUUAUUCUUUUCGGACUUGUUUGGUCAGCCAGCCGCUGUCGGGUCUAUCAUGGCUUGGCUUUUCUUCAUUGUCAACGCUGCCUUCUCGGUCUUUUUGUUGUUCGCCAUUAUCUACACGGUGGUGAUGGUCUUUGUCUCCAAAAACCCCGACGCCAGAUUUGCCCCGGUUAGAGACGACAGAACCGCCUUCCAGCGCAAACAUUCGGUGAAGAACGCCACCGGCCAGAAAGUGGUGAACGAGCAAACCGCCGCGUUGAUGGCACUUGGAGCCGCUGCCCAAACACAUACUCAAGACUGGGAAAACGAAAUCUACCGUUUGAAGGAUAUUUCACAGACUGAUUUUGCUGCCUCUAACGAAAAGCUCACCAGUAAUCAUUACACUCCAGACGUUUCAGACUCCCCGCCGAUGCUUAUGGCGCAGAAUUUCUUGGAUAGAACGGUGUCCGAACAGCAGAGAAUCAAGGAGGCCGAGUCCGAAGGCCAAGAGAACAAUGGUGGGUUCAUAAGAAAGUUAACCCGUGGCAAGUCCCUUAAACGUACCAAGUCUUCCGCCGAUUCCAUGCCUCCUGCAAAGGUGACGGCUUCACCGGAAAGGACAUCGCCGUUCCACUCCCCUGAAGACGACAUGAUGCAAUCAUGGCACGAUACCCCUGUGAACCCGCCAAGAAAUGUGAGACGUGUAAGCGACACGCUUACGGACCAGGUUAAUCAGCCAAACUACCAGCAGUUAGGGCAAGAAGCCCGUAUUACGUCCUUCAACUCCGGCUUGACGGCGGAUGAUCAGACUUUUGAGCCUGUGACGGCUGCUGACGUUAUUGGCGGUACUCGCACCGUACCGCACGACAGAAGAUUUGCCUAGAAAACUGUAUCAUAUAUAUAUCGUUUUCCUUGCCUUUUUGGUGCUCUUUUGUAUCUGUAUUUUUACCAUUUGUUUUGUACCGAUAUGCCCCUGUUUUCAAUUUAUUCCGUUAGGUGUGUUGUAGCG